ACACUAAACCAGUGAUAAAUUUUGGGGAAGUAAUGCGUGGCGGACACAUCAACAAGUAUGAAGAACUACUAAAAUUUUAUGAUAAGGAUUGCGAACAAGAAAUCAAAACGUUCUCGUCGAAUAAAUCGUCACUUUAUCAACCGACACCAAAGCUUACAUCCUUCUUUAAUCAAUGCUUGUACAAAUUGGAUGACUAUAGAAAAUUGAAGGCGAAAAUGAUGAAAGCAAUUGAAGAUGCGGUACGGGAUAAAGAAAACUCCUCUUCAAUUGAAAAUAGUAAUUCUGUUGAAGACAAAAAUCUCGAUAAUAACUAUGAUCCCAAUAAUAACUAUGUUGACAAUAAUGAUGAUGAAACAAAAAUGGAUAACAAUGAGAAGAAUGACGAUGAUACACCAGUAUCCGACAAUCAAUCAAAAGAACUUCAAGAACGACGCGAUUCCGGUUUCAUUCAUUCACGUAAUAAUUCCAUAGUAGAUGUGCCUUUAAAAAUGUUAGCCAAUAAAUCAAAUAAUUUGGCUGAUAAUAAUGAACAAAGGAUUCUCAUUUUUGAUGAUAAAUCUCAUCAGGACUUAAGAGUAGAUCAUCAGCAUCUACAAGCGCAUAAUGAUAAUAGUACUGAAGAAACAAAUGCUGAAAAUGGAAAUGUUAAUUAUGGUAUUGAUGGUGAUAUAACUGUGAUAGAUCAAGAACGAUCUCUGUCAUCAAAAACAUGA